AUACAAGAUUCUGCUACCCUAGACAUAGAAAGAGCAAACAAAGAAAUUGAAAUGCUUCGGAAACAAUAUGAGGCAAUGUCACAAGAACUGAAGGAAGCUGUCCAGGAAGCAGAAGUAGCCAAGUGUAGGAGAGAUUGGGCCUUUCAAGAGCGGGAUAAGAUUGUUGCAGAAAGGGAAAGUAUACGGACUCUGUGUGACAACUUAAGGAGGGAGAGAGACCGGGCUGUGAGUGACUUGGCUGAAGCUCUUCGCAAUCUGGAUGACAUGAGAAAGCAGAAGAACGAUGCUGUUCGUGAACUGAAGGAGCUGAAGGAGAAGAUGGAGAAUCAGUUGGAAAAGGAGGCCAGAUUCCGUCAAUUGAUGGCCCAUAGUUCCCAUGACUCAGCCAUAGACACAGAUUCGUUGGAAUGGGAAACAGAAGUGGUAGAAUUUGAAAAAGACAGAGAUGAUAUGGACUUGAAAGCACUUGGUUUUGAUGUGGCCGAAGGCAUGAAUGAACCAUACCUCCCUGGAGACUCUGGGAUCUUUGUUACCAAAGUAGACAAAGGAAGUAUCGCUGAUGGUCGGUUAAGAGUGAAUGAUUGGUUGCUGAAGAUAAAUGAUGUGGAUCUUACUAAUAAAGAUAAAAAGCAAGUUAUAAAAGCUGUUCUCAAUGGAGGAGGUGUCAUUAACAUGGUGGUACGACGAAGGAAGUCCUUAGGUGGGCGAGUGGUAACACCUCUUCACAUCAAUGUUUCCGGACAUAAAGAUAGUGGGGUCAGUCUAGAAAAUGGAGUAUUUGUUGCUGCUGUUGUGCCUGGAAGCCCAGCUGCCAAAGACGGUUCACUUACUGUGGGAGAUAGAGUAAUUGCUAUCAAUGGCAUUGCACUAGAUAAUAAGUCACUUACUGAAUGUGAAGCUUUGCUACGAAACUGUAGGGAUUCCCUGACCCUGUCACUGAUGAAGGUUUUUCCUCAGAGUUCAUCUUGGAGUGGUCAAAAUAUAUUCGAGAAUCUGAAGGAUUCAGAAAAAAUAUCAAACUGUAGGGUCCAUGCAUCAGAGAUACAAGCCCAAAAUAAAAGAAACCUGAAACUCAAUAGCUCAACACAGACUGACAUUUUCAAUCCAGACAUCAUGGAUGGCAAGAAGGACCAGAGUGAUCAGGGCAGCGGUUCAUUUUGCGAUCACAAACCUUUCCCUAAUAACACAUUACGAGUAGACUCCUGUAGGAACACGGUGCACAGUUGCCACAGCAAUUCAGAACACAGUCUCAGCUCCUUCAGCCCAGAGACAUAUGGGGACCGAGGCUAUGGAGCUGUUGAACUGGACAACAGGAGGCUGCCUUAUGAACCUGCAGGAGCCGACUGUAUGAUGGUUGAGACUGCAUUUGACAAAGGACAUGGAACUAAGCAUAGUGGUGGUACCUGGCCAAAAGUCAUGGUUAAUAUCUCAGCAACAGAAACAGAAAAGUUCACUGUGUACAAAAAGCCAAAACAAAGGAAAUCUAUCUUUGACCCUGACACUUUCAAAAGACCACCAACUCCUCCCAAACUGGAGUACCUUUCCCCUAAUCAGGUGACAGGCCAUUCACCUCAGCCAUCAAAAGCUGAAGUGGCUUCAACACCUCCAACUCCUCCUAAGAGAAGUGACUCUAUCAAAUUUAAACAUAAACAGCAGGCAAGCUCUGCAUCAGAGUCUACGGUAACAACUGGAUCACCGCCCACCAGCCCGGCCACUGCCCAAGCUCCAGUUUCCUUGGCACUUAAGCAGGACUCUGCUACUCUGAAGGGGCGCGGCAGGAAGCGCGGAAGGAAGGCUGGGCAUUAUUAUCGAGAGGAGGGAAUUGACUGCACUCAUCUUUCUUCAAGGAAAUCCUGUGAAGAUGACAUUGGCUUUCAAAGAGUUGAAGAGCCAGAGGUUAAAAGACCAAGGCCAAAAUCAGCUCCUGCUCUGAGGCAUAAAAUGACCCCUAUGCCCAUUCCUAGUCCUGCACUUCAGGUGCAGAAGUACGCUCCAGCUAGUGAGGAGCAUCUGUCGCCAGAGCUACAGGAAUGGGCACCAUAUUCACCAAAACGCUCUGCUAGGCACAGCGAUGGCUUUGUGCCUGCUGCCUUAUAUGCUGGCAGCAUGUCUGCAGGUACUGUACCAAGAAGCUUAGCACCGUGCCCUGCAGUGACUGCAGUCAUGAGAAAUCCCAUCUAUACUGCCUGGAGCCAUAGAGUUCACACCAGCAAUUGCCCAUCGGUCGCCAGCCAGAUAUGCCAUCAGCAUCUGCAUCCCAGUUCUCAGCAUCAAGGUCGCCUGAGUUUGGACCUGAGUCAUAAACACUCCAGUGACUACACGGAAAAUGCACGUACAAGAGCAUCUCAUGGCUCUAAUUCAUUACCAUCCAGUGCAAGACUUGGUUCUUCGAGUAACUUGCAAUACAGAACAGAACGAAUUAAGAUCCCUUUAACACCAAGAUAUCCAAGGUCCAUGAUUGGCUCUGACAGAGGCUCCUUGUCUCACUCUGAAUGUAGCAGUCCCAGCUUGAUAACUCCUCCACAGUCACCUCUUAACUUGGAAACGUCUUCCUUCGCCAGCAGCCAGUCUCAGAACUCCCUUUCUACACUACCUAGGAUUUCCAUUAGCCCAGUAUCUAUUGGAGAACGUAGAAAAGAUAGGCCCUACAUGGAAGAGCCACGUCAUGUUAAAGUGCAGAAGGGUUCUGAGCCACUAGGGAUUUCCAUUGUGAGCGGAGAAAAUGGUGGAAUAUUUGUCUCUAAAGUAACAGGUGGGAGCAUUGCCCAUCAAGCUGGCCUUGAGUAUGGUGAUCAGUUACUGGAGUUUAAUGGAAUAAAUUUGAGAAAUGCUACAGAGCAACAGGCUCGACUAAUCAUUGGCCAGCAGUGUGACACCAUUACUAUCCUGGCUCAAUAUAACCCACAUAUGUAUCAGCUUGGCAAUCAUUCACGAUCAAGCUCUCGCCUAGAACCUGUGAGUAAUCAUUCCACCCCUGAAGGUAGCGGAGCUGCAACGCCUGACAAUCAUUCCGUAAUCGAUACCGUGAGUGAGCAGGAUGAAGGGACAAUGACACCCCCAUCCAAACAAACCACACCAACCACAAGUCCCCGGAAUUCCUUAAGGGGCCCUGUGGACACAAACAAAAGGAGCAAAAAAUCCCAAGUGGAUCUUGGGAUCCAGAUAUGUGGUGGAAACCUGUAUGGAAUAUUUGUCUCAGAUGUAGAUGACGAUAGCCCAGCAAAAGGACCAGAUGGACUAGUCCUGGGUGAUAUGAUACUUGAG